AGUAACACUCAAUGCCAAGGACACAGCGAACAAGGGGUCUUCAGCUUCAAAUAUAAAAGGAGGCACACAAGGGAAUGCAAUGCAUUUUUAGAGAAAAUUUGACAUUUUCCACCAUUAUUUUGUUAAAGGAGUGAAUUGCUUUAGCCAUGUGCAACACGGACUGAAAAAGGGGCACAAAACAGGCCGGAUUAGCUACUUCUGACCCUGAUCUGUUGUGUUUUUCAGCUCAGCAUGGAUGCAAAUCUGCAUGUGAAUACACUGAUGAAUGAAAAAGAGUCUUUUCAUGGCAGGAGGAGUGAACACAGUCUCCUAAACAUGUUGACUAAAACUCUUCGAGGGCUUGAAGCUGUCAGAUGCUCCAGAGAUCGUCAAAAUGGAACGGUGGGUUGGAGUAGAUGCAUAGAAGAAGGACCAGGUAGAGGCGGAGGAGAGGAAAUACAGAAAGGGAGUGAAGAAGGGAUGCUCAGUCCAGCAGAAGAUAUGGAGGAAUAUGAGGAGAGAAGGAGAAAUGCUGAUGAAGAGCGGGAGAAGAGAGCGUGCAAGCAGAGAGUUCUGGGAGUGCUGAGGGAGCUGAGUGUUUUUCAUUCUGACAGAGUGACAGCGUGGAGAGGAGUUCUCAGAGAAUGUGCCCACGAGUCUCAACCAGGGGGCCGUCCUCAACAACAUCUGUCCACAACAGAUACAGAAUGUACAGUCACACCGUGUUCAGACUCCGUCAGUGAAAUUUUCCUGAGUGUCGGGGAGGACAUAGAGAACAUUAUGGACAAACUAAACACAGUCACAUCUAAGCUGGACGAGGAAAUCCUCAAGUUAUGUGCAGAGGAGGCCUCAGCACUUCAGGAGACCAGAGAUCCAAAAGCACCAAAGCAGCCUGAAGAUGACAACAACCACCUGAGCGCCCUUGAUCCCCUUGAAUCUGACUCCGGGCAUAAACAGGACGUCAUGGACGGAGAUGAUCAAAGCCAUACAAUGCCAUCACCAGAUAUUGAACGAUCAUCACACUCCGGUUUUGACUGCAGCCAUGCGAAAGAAACAGGGAAAAAAUUGGUGGUCAAAAUUCAAGGAAGGGAAAGUGAGAACUGUAAUUCUGCAGAAAGUCAAACUAAUUUUCUGGAGACUGAAAAUGACACAAAUAGAUUUGAUAACAAGGGCAAAGAAAAGACAAACAUCGGAUGGAUCACUGUGGGGCUCACUGGUGAACAGGAGGACAGCCAUUCAGAUGUACCAGACACAUGCUUUAUCAGAGCUCCCAUGGGUGUGGCUGAAGUCCUGAGAUGUGAGGUGGCCGACAGCUUGAGCUGCCUGAUGGUGACCGCCUCGGAGGAGCUGGUCAGCAGAGUGAUCAGGGUCAAAGUUCAGGAUGGAGCUGACAUCCGCUUCCCUGUGAUUGUGAGUUUGCCUUUCUGCGCACGUUACCGCGGCAGCUACAGGGAUGUCGCUGUGAAGAUAGUUGAUGGGGAGAGGAAGGCAAGCUACAUCACUCCUGUAACCACAGAGGGCACGUAUGGAGGGCAGAGGAGCUCAUUUGCAGAGGUAAGGGUGUACUCACUGGGCCUGUUUGCAGUGGUUUCCUGUCUGAAAAGAGAAAAUUACACCGUUCCCACAAAGGGUUUGUCACUCAAACUCCCCAUGGACCCCCGAAUCUGUCUUAAUUACCUCCCAGGAUCCUUCGCGGCUCCAGUAAUGGCACAAACCAUGAUCCAGCCGGUAGAUGCUGUCCUAUUGGCGGCUGUCAAGUCCAGGAGCGACGCCUAUCACUCAGUGGUGUCAACAAGUCCACUACUCUACCUCACCCACCCGUCCUCUAAGCCACUCAGAAGACCCCUCACUCUCACCCUUCCCUGUCCCCCGAACACCGAAAAGAAUAGGUACACAAGGGGACAACGGGAGGAGCAAGACCAUCAAACUCGGCCUGUUAGUGCUUCUCCACCAUCGGAUCAACCUGCUUCCCACAGAAGGAGAGUCCUGGUCGCCUCUGUGAAGUCUAAAGAGAUGUCCAAUGAGCUGCUCAUUGUUCUGGGUUCAAGAGACGAACAGUGGAGCGUCCUGGAUAAAGUCACAGUCAGGAACCAGCAGAACGGACUGGUGUCCUUUGAGCUGACAGAGAACUUUGACAGGCUGGUGGUGGUUCGUCUCCUGUCUCCACUACAGCCUUGCCGGAUCACCUCCCUGGCAGAGGAGCUGGAGGAGUUGGUCUGCUGCCACGCGGCCACCGUCCUCCUCCAGCGGAGACAAGACGAGCCCCACGCUGUCCUGGUGGCUGCUCUGCCCAGCAGAGACCUCAGCUGGGAGCUGUCCAAACUGCGAGCCCGGGGCUUCAGCGGCCUCUCGGAUACCUCGGCAGAGAUCUCCAUGUGUGAAGGAGACCAGCUUCUCCUCCGUUUCAGUGGCAACAUCGCCUCCACAGGAUCUCACAACGACCAACAUGGUGUCCCACAUGAGCGAAUCACCUUCCACAGCCAGCAGAAGAAUCACCUUAUUGUGUAUCUAACAGAAGUGGAUCCGUUUAGGAACUACAGUUCCCCCCACUACAAAGGCACGGCCAUGUUUUACAAGGUAACCAGAGGUCAGCUGGAGUGGCGAGGUGACAGACCCGUCCCGAUGGACACAAAGCUCCUGGGAGAGCCCGUCUGUAAGCUGUCCCUGACUUUACCCAAGAAAGUGAGAACGAUUAAUCGGCCCAUCACAGCUAGGGGGGAGUUAUGGAAGGAGACAGAUUCCCUGUCAGACUCUCUUCUUCUCUGGCUGUCUGGGGAGCUUUCGGAGGAGGAUGUAGCCCUUCUAGUGCUCUCCCUGCGUCUCCGUCGAAGCGCCGCUCAGCUGGUGAAGCUCCGGGCCGGGGAAAGCCUGUCCACCCAGGCCUUCCAUGCCCUGGCCAUGUGGAGGAGGGGGCUGCCUGCUGCCACGCACCAACCCAAGGCCUCUCAGCUGGCUCACUGCUUGGCCAAGAGCGGCAGGCCGGACCUGGCCAGGGAGCUGCUGCUGCGACAGGCUGCAACCACCCGACAGGGCUCACUGAAAGAGUAGAAUUAACACACCAUUCAGAUCAGAUCAUGUUUGCCUGUCAAAUGAGCUGGUGGCAGUGUUGUGUUUGAUCCACAAGAGGUCAGCAUUGGACUGCAAGAUUCCGAGCUCUC